AUGAUUAAACAACAGCAACCACAGACCAUUACAUACGCCAUAUAUGCAUAUAAUUCAAAGACGGCAGAACAAACGCAAAUGUUGAAAUAUGGAGAUUUGGAGAUAGUAUUGAAAAAUAACCAUUUCGAAUUCGUUUGCAAAGGUGGUGCAGUGAUAUCAAAUAUAAAAGAAAUUUUAUUUAUGAAUUCAAAAAUUAAAGGAAUAACGGAUGAUAUAACAUCAAUUCCACCAGAAGAACAAAGAUAUUACGCAUUAAAUGCAUUUCCUAAAGUUUUGAAGAUUGGAAGAUUUAAUUUAAAUGAGGAAUUCAUAAAAGGUUUCCUAAAUGACAUAAUGAAGAAAGCAGAUAAGGAAUAUGUUAACGAUGAGUUAGCAAAGAAAGCAGAUAUAUCAUUUGUUAACGAUGAGUUAGCAAAGAAAGCAGAUAUAUCAUUUGUUAACGAUGAGUUAGCAAAGAAGGCAGAUAAGGAAUAUGUUAACGAUGAGUUAGCAAAGAAAGCAGAUAAGGAAUAUGUUAAUGAAAAAGAUAAUGAAAUUAUAGAAAGGGUUGAAUGGUAUCAUGAACGGACAUCGAAGAUUCUUAAAACUAAAGCUGAUACAGGAUGGGUUUCAGAAUGUUUAGACCUUAAAGCAGAUAUAUCAUUUGUUAACGAUGAGUUAGCAAAGAAAGCAGAUAAGGAAUAUGUUAACGAUGAGUUAGCAAAGAAGGCAGAUAAGGAAUAUGUUAACGAUGAGUUAGCAAAGAAAGCAGAUAUAUCAUUUGUUAACGAAAUAUACCAAAGUUUAGUUGGAACAAAAAAUAUUGAAACUAUUGUUGGCGACUUUUCUGUCAAUGAAGAAAACAAAUAUUUUAGAUGGGAGUUUGUACAGUCCUUAAGAAAUGGUAUACGGUAUAAACUCAUUCCGAAAAAUAACAAUGAAAUGUAUGUAGGCUAUAUAAAGAAUAAUGGCACACAAGUUAAAGUUCCAUUAGACAACAACUGCUACUUAAACUUAUAUGGAGACGAACAAAAGAAAUAUUUAAGAGUUUAUGAAAUGGCAGAUAUGACAUUGUCUAACGUAGCUCCAGCACCAUAUUAUUAUGACUAUGGUGUUGACGCACGUGUAGACCCAAAAAAGCAAACAUUAUAUUUAGAUUAUUAUAGAUAUAAAAGAUAUAAUGCAAUAGAAAAAACGAGAAUAGUAUACUAUUAUGAAGAUGACAAAAAUAAAUAUUAUAGUCAAGAUUUUACAUACCCCGAAAACAUAAGAUUAUAUUAUAAAAAAUAUUCUGACACAAACCAGAAGAAACCCGAAAUAGUUACACUAUAUUUUAAGUUCAAAAGAGACAAUCCUAUAAUAUCUCAUAUGUUUGAUUUAAUGAACCCAGUAGGUUCUAUUUAUACAUCUAUGGAUGUGAGAGGUCCUCAAGCAAUGUUUGGUGUUGGUGCAUGGGAACAAAUAGUCGACAGGUUUUUGUAUUGUGCAAACUCUUCAAAGGAAACAGGGGGAAGUAAAACAAUUACGGGUGAAAAUUUACCUGCACACAGUCACUACAUAGAUUUAAGCACAUCUCAAGCAGGUUGGCAUAAGCAUAGAUAUUGGGAUUGGUCAGGAAUGACAAAAGGUAAAGGAUAUGAUGUUAAAGAUGAUGUUAAAUUUGCCAUAAAUUGUUACUGGAGUGACACUCAGGGAGAAGGAAACCAUACACAUCGCGUUUCAGGAUAUACACAAACAACGGGACAAAGUAAAGAUUACAUGCCACCAUUUAUGACUGUAUUCGCAUGGUAUAGAGUUCAAUGA